GUCGCACAUAUGCCGCUGAAGCCGCUUGCGUUGCCAUUGCGCGCUUUGUGUUCUGUCUUCGUGUGUUUAUUAUUGUUUGAUUAUUGCGAACUACUGUAAAUUGUUUGUGAAGUAAUGCCAAACUGCACACAUGUUGCCGCUAGGAGAUGACAAAAAGGACCGCUAUGCGAAACUAUCGUUUCUCGGCGAGGGUCAGUUUGCCAUUGUGUAUAAGGCGCGUGAUGUUGUGACCAGCCAAAUUGUGGCCGUGAAGAAGAUCAAGAAGGGCAGUCGCGACGAGGCACGCGAUGGCAUCAAUCGAACAGCGUUGCGUGAAAUCAAAAUUCUGCAAGAGCUGCAGCAUGAGAACAUCAUCGGAUUGGUCGAUGUCUUUGGCCAGUUAUCGAACAUAUCGCUGGUGUUCGAUUUCAUGGACACCGAUCUCGAGGUGAUCAUCAAGGACACCAAAAUCAUCUUGACCCAGGCGAACAUCAAGGCAUACGCAAUAAUGACGCUACGCGGCCUCGAAUAUUUGCACGUCAACUGGAUAUUGCAUCGUGAUCUCAAGCCCAACAAUUUGCUGGUAAACAGCGAUGGUGUGCUGAAGAUUGGUGAUUUUGGCUUGGCCAAAAGUUUCGGUUCACCGAAUCGCAUCUACACCCAUCAUGUGGUCACACGUUGGUAUCGAUCACCCGAGUUGCUCUUUGGUGCCCGCCAAUAUGGUGUCGGUGUCGAUAUGUGGGCCGUGGGCUGCAUUCUCGCCGAGCUGAUGUUGCGUGUACCCUUUCUGCCCGGCGACUCGGAUCUGGAUCAGUUGACGCGCAUCUUCAGUGUGCUUGGCACACCCACCGAGGCGGAAUGGCCGCAUCUCAGCAAGCUGCACGAUUAUCUCCUGUUUCGCCACUUCACCGGGACACCGUUGCAAAACAUUUUCACAGCCGCUGGCAAUGAUAUGAUCACGCUAAUGCGCCGCCUGUUUGCCAUGAAUCCCCUGAAGCGUUGCUCUUGCCGCGAGGCAUUGAGUAUGCCGUAUUUCCACAAUAAACCAGCGCCCACGGUGGGUCCCAAGUUGCCGAUGCCAUCGGCCAUAUUGGCGGCCAAGGAAGGUGCGGCGAAUGCAGCGAAUGCGGCGGCACAGGAGAAGCCGGGACUCAAGCGCAAGCUGGUCGAGACAACGGUGCGUGGCAAUUUCUUGCCGCAAAAGAAGAAGCUGUUAUUCUAAAA